UUUCAUAUCCUCCGGAAGCUGCUGCUAUAUCUUCGUCCCAAACCAAAGCAAUCACCGCCGUCGAUUUCAGGUCACCACCGCCCGCAGCCGAUUCGCCGCCCACAGUUAAGUGGAAAUGAGGGGAAGGAGUUACAGUCCAUCGCCACCACCAAGGGGAUAUGGUAGGAGAGGACGGAGUCCUAGCCCAAGGGGUCGUUAUGGUGGUCAUAGUAGAGAUAGAGAUAUGCCUACAAGUCUCCUAGUUCGUAACCUUCGCCAUGAUUGCAGGCCAGAUGAUCUUCGCCGUCCAUUUGGGCAGUUUGGUCCUGUGAAGGACAUUUACCUGCCAAAGGAUUAUUAUUCUGGGCAACCCCGUGGUUUUGGUUUUGUCCAAUUUGUUGAUCCUGCUGAUGCUGCGGAGGCUAAAUAUCAAAUGGAUGGUCAUGUUCUUCUUGGUCGCGAGGUAACUGUUGUAUUUGCUGAGGAGAACAGGAAGAAGCCGUCUGAUAUGAGGCAAAGGGAGGGCCCAAGCUCCAGGGGUAGUGGUCGAUAUCGCGAUCGAAGAGGGUCUCCUCCUCGCUAUUCACGCUCUCCACCUAGGCGUCUUGCACGAUCUCGGCCCCGCAGCCGUUCUUUUGAAUCCCCUCCCCCAAAAGGAAGGGAGUAUUCAAGAUCUGUCUCGCCCCCGGGGAGAAGGUAUAGUAGGGAGAGAUCAUUUUCCCGAUCCCCUCCCCCAUAUAAUGGCUCCAGGGGCCGCAGUCAGAGCCCAGUUAGGGGUCCAAGCCGGAGCAGAAGCCGGAGUCCUAGGCGAAUUGGUAGGAGCUCGAGUCUCAGGCCACAAAGUCCUAAUCAUGAAGACUACUCAAGGGAACCAAAUGGAGACAGGUCUCUUAGUCCAUGAACUAGUAGAAUGACCGUUUGCAUGUUUUUUCUUUCAAAACUACUGUGACGUAUCUUGUUGUGCCGAACCUGGGAGUGGGAGUUGGUCUUGUGUUUUGGAUGGUUCUUUAAUGUUAUGAUGUAUUAUUGAUCGGAUUCAAUCUAGCUGUGGUAGUUAAUGUCUUAAUGAUGUUUGUCGUAGUUAGUCCUCUGCUAUGAUAACAGUGAGGUCGAAUCUAGCCUUUGUUUAUGCUCAAAUUUGCACAAUUUGCAUUAGAUUAUUGUUCAUAUUACA